AAGCUGGAGGGGGUUACUUCUGUCAUGUUUCUUCGCCGGCUGGCUGCACGAGCUGUAUCACACACUAGGGAUGUUAGCCAGCAGGAACAUUCAACGGCUUAAGUCAUUUUAAAAAAAAAGGAAAGAAAAUAGUUUGAUCCAGAAGAGAAAUUUUCUACCGCCUCUCUCUCUCUCCUUGUGACGUCACUAACGUACAAUGCAUAUAUAACAGCAGUGAAAACUGGGUUCACCGUAUUGGAAAUGAAAAGCUUUAAGAUGAUAUUGGUUUUAAAGACCUGCUAGUGGAGGACAGGAUCAAACUCCUUAACUGGCAAAUAGAGACGGGCUAUCACAGAAGCGCAGGACCAUUCAAUUACAUUGCUAAUUGAAUUCAACCUUGAUUCGUUUGUUUGGCUUCCAGUAUUUCAUUUGAUUUGACUUCCAGUACAAUGGCGUCCGAGAACCUGUCCUUUGCGACACUGGAUAACGUCCUCAAUGAUAGUUUAUUCCCUCGCUACAAUAGAACCAUGGGCAGACACCCUGGAUUUGACCAGGACGGGUACAUACGGAUUACUCUGUAUUCCAUCAUCUUUAUACUUAGUGUAGUAGGGAACGGGUUGGUGAUUUUGACUCUGGUCCAGAACCAGAGGAUGCGGACUGUGACCAACGUGUUCCUGCUGAACCUGAGCGUCAGCGACCUCCUGCUGGCCGUCCUCUGUAUGCCCUUCACCAUCAUCCCACAACUCAUGAGAAAUUUCAUUUUUGGAGAAUUCAUGUGUGUCACCAUUCGAUAUUUUCAAGCGGUAUCCGUAGGAGUAAGCUGUUUCACCCUCGUCACGAUUUCCUUGGAGAGGUACUUUGCCAUUGUUGAACCACUCCGCUCGCGCCGAUGGCAGACUCGUUCCCACUCCUACAAGUGCAUCAUGGGAAUAUGGCUACUAGCAUUUGUUCUUAUGAUUCCUAUAGCGGCAUCACAGGAAGUUAUUCAAAUAGGAAAUUCAGAUCGCUAUGCUUGCAGGGAGAUAUGGCCAAAGAAUCUACAGGAAGUGGAAAUAGGAUACAGUGUUUCCUUAUGCGCCAUAUUGUUUGUGAUCCCCCUGUUUAUCAUGGCGUUGGCUUACGGCAGAAUCGCCUAUGGUUUGUGGGUAGAUAUCAGCCAGCAAGUUAUGGACAAUACGGAGUCCUCACAGUAUAAAUUGUCCAAGGAGGAAGGACUUGGAUCCCAAGCAACUCCACUGCGCGAGGGGCAACAUCAGAAAAAUGGCGGCGAUCACGUGAGUCUCCGGCAUUCUAACCUACGUCACUGCGUGGCGAGCAGACGUAGAGUGAUCCGGAUGCUGUUCGUCAUAGUGAUGGAGUAUUUCAUUUGCUGGACACCGCUCUACAUCUGCAGUACGUGGAAGAUCAUCCACUAUCCAUCCAUCCACGAGCGUGUAUCCAAUCUGGCUUGGUCUUUGAUGCUUCUCUUAGCUUAUGUGUCAUCUUUUGUACAUCCUGUCACCUACUGUUUCAUGAACAAAAAUUUCCGGAAAGGAUUUGUGUCCGUCUUCAAGUGUUUUUUACAGAAACGACUGUCGUCCCAUACUGAGAUGAGUAAUUUGACAGCCAACUCCUCGCCCACGGUGAGGUUCCAAUCAUCCGAGUACACACGAGUUCAGUCCAUUGAGUAAAAGUAGACAAGUUUACCAACCAUUUACAGCGAGGCUAAAUUUGAGUCCAUUCUAGGGAGUGGAACGUAUCAUCUUGAUAAAAAGCUUCAAUUUCCCAUGUUGACACGAGUCCCAGGUACAACGGGAUAAUACACAGCCGAUUUAAAGCGAAGUUCCGUUUUACUAAGCAAACACGUCCCUUUUGAAGGCUAAGCUUCAAAACAUAUUUCCGCUAAUAUAAAGGAUUCACAACGAGGCACCGAUCUCCAGAUAUGACACAAGCUCAGGCCAUUGUGUAAUCACACCCGGACUUACAUCGCGGUAAUCCAGUAGGCUGGUCCACAUGAAUCCAAUCCUUUGUGUCCAUACAAUGAUGUAGUUGACGGUUCAGACAAUUUUCGUUAUCUCUAUACUAUUUAUGAUAGAUAUAGAGAAAAUGGUUUAAGAGGCGACAUAACAAUGAACUGCAAGCCAGU